GACCCAUCACUACCUUCUAGCCUCACCCAACUGCUGCAGCCUUCGCCUUUGGCAACCCAGCCUGCUGCAGCGCUUCACAUUCGCACAACGGGCACAAUCACGGACCUGCACGCUGCAGGAAGUCGCUAGCAUGGACCGCGAUCGUGACGGCCGAGGCCGACGAUUCGACGAUGGCGAGAUCAUUAGGUAUGGUGCCGGCGAGUCCUGGAGACCGACCCCACGAGGCGGCGACCGAUCCCCCAGACGAACAUCACCGAGGCGAACCAGAAGUCCCAUCAGAGACCGAGCUAGGAGCCCGAGACCUAGGAGUCCCCGCCCUCGCAGCCCUGGAAUCACAGGGUCCGACAGCUACGUGCCCGGACGAUACGCGCCUCGCCGGCGUUCUCGAAGCGGAGGCGAUCGCUACCGACGCGAACGCUCCAGAGAUCGCGGUGAGAGCCCUCGCAGACGCGAGCGUACUCGCUCACCCAUGAGAAGGUCGCCGCCGCCGCGACGCAGUCCAUCCCGUCGCGGGUCGCCUGUUCGUGACCGACCCUACGACCGACCAAGAUCCCCACGCCGUGAUUGGAAUAACGACAGGAACCAGUCACGUGAACGCAACCGUGACUGGGAUCGAGACCGCAAUCGUGAUAGAGAUCGAAACUUUGACAGGCGCGACGACAGGCGCGACGACAGGAGACGGUCGAGAUCCCCCUUUGGCCGGGACCGCCGCGACAGAAGCCCCCUCGGGAAGAACACGCCUCUCGCCUCGCGUGGUGGCUCAUAUAGGCCGAGAUCUCGCAGCCCCCCCAACCGACGCGGGGACAGAUAUGACGGAUACAGAAGGUCUUCGCCCCCGCGAGACUCGGCUGUCUCCUCAGCUCUGGUCUCUCGGCCCGCUUCGGAGCGAGCAUCACCACGCCCUUCGUCGACCCGAGUUCGUUCUCCCCUGGCGUCGCGUGAAGAGACCCCACAACCUGCAGCAACCUCGGGCUCAGCAUCCGUUCGAGACGCACCUGGAUCAGGCCCCCACGAUUCUAACACUCCCUCGAUCAAGUCACCGCCGCGCGGACCGGCAGCACUGAGAGCGCCACCGACGGGCCCAGCCUCCAACCGCAGUGCCAACGCAUCAGUGUCAUCCCCAGGCCCAACAGCCGCCAAGCACCCACAGACGCCAGGUACCAUACCACAUCGGUCUGACACAACGAGUCCUUCCACGUCUAACCCACCCGCUGGCCCGCGAGGCUACGUUGCCUCGGGUCGAGGAGGGUAUUCCUCACGUGGCGGACGAGGAGGAUGGAGCCAGCCACCUUCUAGACAAGGAUCGAGUCUCUCUCAGCCGCCCACGCCCGGUGGACCGGCGGCGAUACCAACCGGCCCGCGUGGUGGUCCAGGAAUUGCGGGAUAUGCAUCAGGGUCUGGUCAAGUACGUUCUUUUCGUUCACCCCUUGGUCCCUCUGCUCACCGUGGUCGUCGGCAGCGUCAAUCUCUUGCUCAAAGUCUCCUCACGACUCUGCCGCCGAUCGUGCCGGGCGGGAAGCUGGAGCCGUCGAUGACACCGCUCGCCCUGGGCGUGACGCGCGAGCUUGAGCCGCACUACCGUAAGCUCCGCGAGGAGGAGGAGAAGCUCCGGGAGGACCUCAAGGCAAAGCAGGAGAAGGUGCGCAAGAGCCUGUACGUCUGGGACCGACUGGAGCGGGAGUCCCGCGCGUGGGAACUGCGCAGCGACUUGAGCGAGAAGAGCAUGAAGAACUUGGCGGGCGAGGGCAUGGGCGGCGCUGCGUUCUAAUGAGGCACUGCGAUACGACACGACACGACACGCCCCAGGCAUGGACGUGAAAAGACAGCGUCAUCAGUCACACACGAUGCCCCGGUGCUCCACCGCGGAUACGGAAUUCGGAGUUUGAGGCGUACAACAACGCACAGAGAAGGCGUGAGCCGGACACGAGUGUCUCUUGCAUGAAUUUGAGAAAGAAAGCGGGCGUCACGGGGCUGGGAAACGGGACUCCGCACACGAUAGGCCAGGCAUAGCAUGGCAAGAGUUGAAGGCGAUAGCGGCCAUUCUAUUUUAGUUUUAUACCCCGAUUACCAAAAGCGCAAUGGAUUCCCACGUUGUCUGCC